GGGCAGCGGGCGGCGGGCCCGGGGCAGACGGGCGGGAGCUGUGGUGGGAGCCGGUGGGGCCCUUGUGCCCGGCCGGGGCUGCAGGGUAGCUCAGGCAGCACGUGGAUCGGUGACAAGUCUGCUGAGGACUGGCAAUUUUUUCUAGCUUGAAGAAAAUUGAAAUAGGCUGAAAAUGAGUACAAUAUUGGAAACCUCUGAGCUGCCAGCAGUGUUUGAUGGGGUGAAGCUAGCUGCAGUUGCUGCUGUUCUGUAUGUUAUCGUUCGCUGCUUGAAUUUAAAAAGCCCCACUGCCCCUCCUGAACUCAUUUACCAGGACUCAGCUUUGGCUCGCUUUCUACUCAAAUCCUGCCCACUUCUGACCAAAGAGUACAUUCCACCCCUCAUCUGGGGAAAGAGUGGGCAUAUCCAGACAGCUCUUUAUGGAAAAAUGGGGAGAGUGAGAUCACCACAUCCAAAUGGACAUCGCAAGUACCUGACCAUGCCAGAUGGAGCAACAGCCACCUUUGAUCUCUUUGAGCCACGCUCUGAGCACUGCACUGGAGAGGAUGUCACAAUGGUGAUCUGCCCAGGGAUUGCCAACCACAGUGAGAAGCAGUACAUCCGCACCUUUGUUGACUAUGCCCAGAAAAAUGGCUACAGAUGUGCUGUGCUCAAUCACCUGGGAGCCCUGCCAAACAUUGAGCUCACUUCACCACGGAUGUUUACCUAUGGAUGCACCUGGGAAUUUGGUGCCAUGGUGAAUUACAUCAAGAAGACCUACCCUCAGACCCAGCUGAUUGUUGUGGGCUUCAGCCUGGGUGGAAACAUAGUGUGCAAAUACCUGGGAGAGAGCCAGGCCAACCAGGAGCGAGUGCUGUGCUGUGUCAGCUUGUGCCAGGGGUACAGCGCACUCAGGGCACAGGAAACCUUCAUGCAGUGGGAUCAUUGCAGAAGAUUUUAUAACUUCCUCAUGGCAGAUAACAUGAAGAAGAUCAUUCUUUCUCACAGGCAAGCUCUUUUUGGAGAUAACAUGAAGAAGCCACAUAGCCUGUCAGAAGCUGAUCUGGGCAAGCUCUAUACAGCAACAUCACUUAUGCAGAUUGAUGAUAAUGUUAUGAGGAAAUUCCAUGGCUACAGCUCACUGAAGGAAUACUAUGAAGAGGAAAGUUGCCUGCAUUACUUGCACAGGAUCAAUGUUCCUCUUCUGUUGGUUAAUGCUGCUGAUGACCCUCUUGUUCAUGAGAGUCUUCUGUCAAUUCCAAGAGCUCUUUCAGAGAAAAAGGAGAAUGUCAUGCAUGUGCUGCCCCUUCAUGGAGGCCACCUGGGAUUUUUUGAGGGGUCUGUGCUGUUCCCAGAGCCUCUUACCUGGAUGGAUAAGCUCGUGGUGCAGUAUGCCAAUGCCAUCUGCCAGUGGGAGAAGACAAAGCCUCACUGCUCUGAUGCUGAGCAGGCUGUCUCUGGCCAGGAGUAAUCGACCCAAAGACUCUGGAUCACUUCAGUAAAUCUCUAUUUGGGAACAUCUUGUUCCCUCACCUGCUGCUUCAGGUCUCCAUUCUCCUUGAUAUCCUAUGGCUGGGGUUUGAUCACCAUGUCUUUUUUUCCAAAAUUGACUUAAAGCAGAGGUUAACAUCUGGUCAGAGCCUCUUUGGAUAUCCAGUCACGUGGAUUUGUAAUUUACUGCUCUGCUUGAAGAAUUGGGUUGCUGUCUGUAGCUUGUUCCAGGGCUACUGAGCUAAAGACUGCUUGCUUUAAUAUAGCAGAAGUUUCACAUGUCAAAAUCUCUUUACCUGCUGGUCAAAAACUUGAUCUGCAGCAUUUGUUUAAGUGUAGAUGAUGGGAUAACUGUGGCUCUCUUCUCUCUCUGGGUGCUGGAAAAUCCCUGUACCAAGCCACAAGCCAGUGAGUGAUUCAGCCUGUAAGCCACUACAGUGUGGCUUGGAAAAACAGGUGCUUGACUGCAAGUGUAGUGUCAGCUUUGCACCAUCUCAAGGGAAACCUUUUAGUACCUAGGAAUGCACUUGCACAAGUGAAUCACUUUAAAAGUAUUCAACUUUUCCAUGCUUGAGCUGUGAGUGGAUUGGGGUGGCUUUAUGCUGCAUCUCCAAAUAGAGAAAAGCUGCAGCCUGGUAACGCCAGUUAAUGUUUCUGUGUAAACAUGUUCUCAUUUCAGGACCUGAUCAGUCACCUUCUUGUCACCUUUGCCUCUUUUGAAAUACUGUUAUCUUUUCAGUACUGGAUUCUUUGUUUGACCUGGGUCUUUUUAAAACUGGCUUUAGCUUCCAAAUGGAAACCCAUGAUUAAGAAUCUGCAGGAUUUUUUUCUGAGCUCAAUUUGCUUGAAAGACUAUUUUAUGGAGAGCUAUUGUACUCUCUUAGGGAUUAAUUGGUGGGGGGUAGGGUGUAUCUGUUUAGAUUUACUCCCUUUAUGUCAGGGUAAAUAAUACCAAAAUUCCUCCCAUUAGCUUUCAGAGCAUCAGGUGGGCUUGAGACAUGUGACUUGCCUUAGAGUUGAUGUGGAACUGGUGUCCCCAGCCCUGUGCAGCUGAAAUGACAUCUUUGCAUGGCUGACUACUUUCAGAUCUGUGUAAUCUGUAGGAUUACUGGCUCCAGUAAGACAUUGGGCUCUUUCUCACUAGAAUUUUUUUUCCACAACCAGACAUCCCCUUCUAGUUUUAAUGUGCAAAGUGAAGUGUGAAAGCUGUUUUCAGGAAAGCUGGCUACUCACCUGUGCUUUUCCCUCAAGUGGCAGCUAUGGUCUGUGCCAAAAUAGUUAUUAAAGGAAAGUUGUCUCAUGACAAUCUGGAGACUGAAACUAGUGGUAAAAAUCUUUUUUUUUUUCCCUGUUUGUUCUCUCAAUAUUGUGGAGUCAUUAAUCCAUCGAUAGGGUUUCUUUAUCACAGUGUCAGUGAAGUUCUUUUCCUGUCACAACUUCCCUCAUCAGCACUUUAUUGCUUCAGCCUUGGUCUAUGUUCAGGCACUUUAAUUUAUAGCUUAAGGGUGAAACGAGCUGCAAGUCUUCAGGCUAGUAACAACAAACCUGGGGAACAAGCCUCCUGGACUGCCCUGUCCCUGAACUUAAGUAGGUUGAGUAGGUGGGGUUUCAUUUUAAUAAAGCAAUAAUUAACUAUUGUAGCAAAAAUGCAUUGUCAUAUCAGGAAAUUCCUUUCAUUUGCCUUAGGUCAAACACCUUGGCCUGUGAUCCACGGUGAACUGUGGAUGUCUGCACAUUCUCCUAGUCAGUAAAUCUGGGCUUCUUUUUUUCUUCAAAGAGAAGAUGAGAAACUAAGUAAAGCUACAGCAAGAUUUGGCUGUGCUUGUGGCUGUUCCUUAAGAACUAUUUUAGGGCAUCAGUUAGCAAGGAUAUUCUUAGCUGAUGGAUUUCUUGUCUCUGUGUUAUGUUCUUAUUCAUACUGCAUCACUAAAGUAUGUCAUAAAAGACAUUUCAGUUUUUUUGCUUAAGUAGUGUUCAUGUAAUAUUCAUUGGGUAGGACUUAAAUAUCUCCUCACUUCAGCAGAAGUGGAGUGUAAACAACACAUGUACACAUCAAAUAGCUACAGUAUAAAUUUAGGUGUCCAAGUCUCCCAAAAUGAGGUGAGCAACUGGACAGUUCUCAAAGCAGCAGGACCUGUAGCUUUGUCUAAUCAAGUAGAGAUUUUUCUUUAAACUUGGAGAGCCUUUCUGAGGAGUACUCCUUCCUACCCCACAACUCAAGCCUUCAGAAGUGCCAGUGCUGUGGACUUUCUGAAACUCUCCACUACAGAAGUACCAUGGGUCUCUGUCUUGUUCCUUUGCCCUGGUUUUGCACUUGAAUCUAAAACUGUUCAAAUCACUUGUGACUUGACUGAAUCUGGCUUAUUUGGGGAAGGACAGCUUUUGUUGUGGCUCUUUUUGUGCGAGGUUUCUGGAGCUUCAGCUUAAGCCUGUAGGUGGAAGCAGUGUUAAAAAAAAAAAGCUGUUCUCUCCAUCUCAACAAAUUUGAUGCUUCUUUCAAAGCAAGACUUGUAGUCAGACUUGGAGCAGUAGUCAGACUUUGUCCAGUCCUAAUCUGAAAUACUCUUGUCUCCCAAAAUAAGGCAAUACUACUCUUGUUAUGUGGGCAGGUGGUCUUUAUUGCCCAGUGAACCCAGCCUUAAAUGCAGUCUGAAUUUUUCAGUCUUAGAGGUGAAGUCUUUCAUCUCUUGUCCAAACACAUGAGGCUGCUGAAGUGUGCACUUGUAGAUCAUUGCAGUGUGGUGUGAUAGAGCAGUUCAAGAUUACAGCUUGCUGAAUCUGACAUGUGCUCUGCUUAGUUUCAAACUAGGAUUAGAAAAAUCAUUAGGAGAGCUCUUCCAUGGGUAGUUUCAUGGUAAACACACCUUCCCCAUCACUGAAUGUAAGUAGCACUUGAACAUGAACCCUGAGGACCCUCUCAAUCAGACAGCAAGUUGCAGAACAAUUACUCUUUGAUGGUUAGGCUGGUCCAACCAUCACCUUUGCCAUUUUUCUGGAGAUAUCUGAAGAUGGUAAAUAAGCAGCUCAGACUUGCUCUGACUGAGCACAAGGAACUUCAGCUUCCACUACACGAGCUCUGCCAGCAUUUUUAAUUGUCCCUUUGUUCUAAAUCAAGGUGUUUUCAGGUGGGUCUGGCAGUGUUAUAGUUGCACUGUAAAGGCAAACAGUGAACUUCCUUACAAUCCUUUUCCUGAGUGUUUUUCUGCAGUUCCUGUUUAUGAAGGUAUGGGUUACAAAGACAGGGCAUUAAGUAAAAAUGUUGGGAACUAUUAACUCCAGUACUGAAUUUAGCCAAGCAACCUGUGUGUCAUCUGUCCUGGGCCUGUCACAAGUUCCUAGACCACAGCCCUUUGACACGUGGUGCCUUGCCCUUUUCCUCCUCCUCCCCUGACAUCAGCAUAUCUAGAGACUUCAGUAACAGCUCUGUCAGAGCUUUUGGGGCUUUGCUUUUUGGUGAAUGAAUUUUCAGACACUGAGGCACACGAGUGAUGCACAUGGCACAAUUGAGUGCUGACUUAAAGGACCUUUGUGGGCAGCCUACAACUGGCUGCAGUCAGUUUCAGGGCUGAAAAUAACAAUGUAUAUAAGCAGUGGAUCGCUUUCAACUCUCUGCUCCUUUAGCAGUAGGAAUUGAGUCAUAGAAGCAGGGUUUGCUUUACUUAAUGUGUGAAUUGUUAUCCUGCAAUCCCAAAGUUUUUGUCUGUUAACCCUCCAGCAGCAUAGCUGGAGGUAAAUUGCUCAAGUGGCUACAUCUCAAAGGAAAGAGCAGAGAGUACCAUCUUCAGGACUUAAUUGCCAGUUUAGUCACCUGGAUUGCUUCCAGGUUUUUCUGGAAAUGCUAUGCUUGUCUGGAGCUUAAUGAAAUUCUUCAGUCUUUUUUUGCGAGACCAGAGAAGGCCUGAGCCUUGUGCUGCCUGUGUAAGUCACUUGUUGUAAAGAACAUCUUGUUUCUGCCUUGAGUCAUACUCCAUGUCUGUAUCCCUUCUGUGGGCUGGCUCAUUUGGGAAGGUGCUGGAGCCACAGUGACUCAAAGCAGUGUCUCUUCCAUGGCUUCUAGGUGAAAAGCAAACAGCCCUUCUUGGUGUGAGGACUUCAGGAUUUUUCUCCAAGCUUAGAAUGCCUCAGAGCAGCACAGCCCAAGGGAGGGUGCCCUUUUCCUGUACCCUCCUCAGUGACAGUGACACUGGCCUGGGCUUCCUCAGCUGUCAGGGCAGCUUAGGCACAAGUGCCAUCAAUGAGUCAAAGCAGUUGCCAGCUUUCCAUGCAGUGCUGGAAAGGUUUCUGGAGUUACCCUGAACAUCUGUACAAGGUGGCACAAAGCCCCUUUGCUUUGGUCUGACUGACAAGCUCCCAUUGUAAUCAAAAGUUUUUGCAUGACCAGAGAGGAGAUACAGAGUUUUCUUCUUGGAUCUCCACUAUAGUUCUGCUGGGAUGUUGACCCAUCUCAUGGUCCCUGCCAACUAAAAAGUCUUUAAAAUAAAAUUUUAAAAAAGCCAAAUAACAAAUUUGUAUUUGUUGUAACCAAAUCCUACUGCUUUGCCCAAGUCAACAGCUUUCCAAAGGGGCAUAUUGUCUCAUUGUUACAUGAUACUUGACUGUAAUUCCCAGUGACAGAUCUCUAGCCAUUCUUCUUGAGAAAGCAUAACCUCUUUCUCUGAAAGUUCCUAGCCAAAAAGGUGUGUAAAGAGCUUGGGAAGAGGAGACCUGUGCCCUUGUUUUUCUCAUGCAGCUGUGUUAGAACAGGCAGAGUGACUUCCGGUGGUCUUGGUGAGCAGUUGACUAUGGAAAUAUUUUUAAUUUGGCAAAAUUAUAUUCUGUAACUAUCUCUAAAUGCUGCCCUGAAGAAGCCUGUAUAUUGAGACACCCUCCCUGCUGCCAUGUUCUGAGUCAGAUUCUCUGGAGCUGAGAGCUGCAGGGGAGAUGAUUUGCAACUAGCAAUGCAAUUUUUCUAUAUCUGCUGAUGUUUACCUUUAAAAUUAUAUAUAAAUAUAUAUAAAACUGUCUUUGAUUUUUUUUCUUUAAUUUUUGUUCUUGUGUGGUGUAAAAUGGAAGUCAUUGCAAAACAAAAUGUAAUUUUGUUAUCUUUGAUUCAGUGGGGUUUCUUUAUUUAAAAAUAAAGGACUUAUUGAAGUCAGUGCUCCAGCUA